AGAGAUCCUCGCAUCUUAGCCAAUUACUCACAUUUACAGGUUCUCAGAUCGAAGUUUGAUGGCGACUCCAUUCUACCCGCCGCCGGCACCGGCGCCACCUUCGGGUCCGGCGAGCAAGAUAGCGGUCGUCGGAGAGCAGUUCUGCGCACCGUACACGGUGGAUCUGACGGUGACGGAGAAGGCGAUCAGCUUAACGGACGGCGAUUACGUCGUGACGGACGUUAACGGCAACAUCCUGUUCAAAGUGAAGGGAAAGUUCCUUAGUCUCCGCGACCGUCGCAUCCUCCUCGAUGCCGCUGGAAAUCCCCUACUCUCUAUGCAGCAAAAGAUGAUAUCCAUGCACAGGAGAUGGCAAGUUUAUAAAGGAGACAGCUCCAACUCCGCAGACCUCUUAUUUAGCGUAAAAAAAUCAAGCCUUCUGCAAUUCAAGACAGGACUGGAUGUGUUCGUGGCUUCAAAUACAGCUGAAAGCCAAUGUGAUUUCAAGGUCAAAGGAAGUUUCCACGAGAGGUCCUGCUUGAUUUAUCUUGGGGACUCCACAAAUGUUAUUGCUCGAAUGCAUCGCGAAUACACUGUGAAGAACAUAGUUUUGGGAAAAGAUGCCUUUGGAAUCACAAUCUACCCAAAUGUGGACUAUGCCUUUGUUGUUGCUCUUAUUGUGAUUCUGGAUGAGAUUAACGAAGACCGGCAUGAUUAAGGUUUUGUUUGGGACGAUUUUUUUAUUGCUUUUUAAAACAGUUUUUUAGUACAAAAAUUUAAUUUUGGUAAUGAAAAGCUGCUUUAAGAAGCGAUAAGAAAGCCAUCCAAAUGAAGCCUGAACGUGUUAAGAUAUGUGUGUUUGCGAUAAUAAUUAAGGUAUAAUUGUUACUGGAAACUUUUACUUUAUUUAAAUAAGGUAUGUUUCCUGUUUCCUGUGUGUGUUCAUUUUUAAUUAUGUUGUUAUGUUAUAUAUUUUGAUUCA